AAAAAAUUGAUCCGCCCGCAACGAACACUGGCAAGCUACCUAGUGAAUCACUAAUAUCCAUUUUACAUUUCUGCUUUCCUGUUUCAAAAACGCCAAAACGCAAAGCAGCCACUAUCUCCACUCUCUCCUCUCCGAAUGAGCUAGGGUUUAUCGUUUUUCGUAUUCCGUUUCCAUAAUCAGGUAUCCGAUGGCUCCUAAUCCGAGAGUGGUGAACGCGUUCAGGGCGAUGAGAGCGAUUGGAAUAACAGAGAAGCAGGUUAAGCCUGUAUUGAAGAAGAUGCUGAAGCUCUAUGACAAAAAUUGGGAGCUUAUAGAGGAGGAAAAUUAUAGAGCUCUUGCGGAUGCUAUCUUUGAAGAGGAGGAGGCUAAGGUUCCGGAAGAGAAGGAUGAGGCUGCUGAGGGGACUUUGGAGGAAGAAACUUUGGUAUCUAGUGAACCUGAGUUGCCAUUAAAGCGGCUGCGAAGAGGGCAAGAGGGGCAAGUUUCCGGAUCUCCUAGUGACAUUGAGGCUGGAUUGGGUGGAAGCCCUUUUAAGAAGAGUAAAGUUGAGGGGAAGGGACUGGCUGGUGAAACAUCGGAGCAGCAGUCAUCGGACAUGAGAAUUUCACAACCGAAGCCAAUUGCAAUUUGGUGUCCUAAUAGAAACACAAGUUCACAAACUGUUUCUCCUCGUCGUUUGGCAGUGCUGGAACACUCUAAGCAGCGUUCCAAUGAGGGAAAAGAUCCUUUAUUAUCCGAGGCUGCUGCACAACAGAAAAGACCUAAUUUAAAAGGAUCGUCACAAGCAGUUCACCUUAAAGACCCCAUAGUUCAGCAAGGCAUUGUUCUUUCACCCAAACAAAAAAUGCUUCUUAUCAAGCCUAAAGAUGAGCCAUUUACUGAUGACGUGCCUUUUGAUAACGCACCACAACCUAUCGCAAUAAUCCGACCAGAUUGUGCAAGUAAAGAACAAUAUUUUAAUCAGAGAGUUUCUUCACUCAAACAGCAUCGACAAGAACGUCCAGCAUCCCAAGUUUUAGCUGGUGAAGGUAGGGAAGAGAACCUUCCAGUCCCAUCAAGUCUGACAAGAGACAGCUGUGAACUUGCAACCAUUCCAGAGGAAGCUCAGGCUAACUUAGAGAUCGCCACCUCAGCAUUGGGAGAGGUGAAGAUUUCUCUGAGCUGCAACUCUUUGCUUGGAAGACCAAAUUUUCAUAUGCCUAGUCAAGAUGAACUUCUGAAAUCAAUGCAGGAGAAAUGUCUCCGAUCUUACAAAAUCAUCGAUCCAAACUUUUCUGUCAUGCAAAUACUGAAAGAUAUGUGUGAAUGCUUCUUGGACUUGGCAACUGAUUCCUCUCAUGAAUCGCAGGAAAGGAUAUUGAAUGUAACUCCAGCUCUUGAUCUAUUGAAGAAAUCUGCUGGUGUUGGUGCCAUUAAACAAAAUGACCGUAUACAAGCCUAUUUUGCAAACAGAUCAGUUGAUGCCUGUUGCUUUGAUGGGAUGGCCGCUCUUCAAAUUCCAAGACCACUACAACUUUCGAAUGGCUUGGAGGUCAUGCAUUCAAGUGAAGAGGUUAUUGUGAAUGGGUGUUCUGGAAGUGGCAAAGAAAAGGAAUUUGAAGAUGCUGAGUAUGGUAGUUUGAUUGUGGUUCCACAGCAUCAAUUAACUGCUGAUGAGUUUAGGUUCCUUAAUUACCAUUCUGACAUUACCAAGGGAGAAGAAAUGGUUGAGAUUCCAUGGUCGAAUGAAGUAAACAGCGAGUUUCCCCCAGUUUUUAACUACAUACCCCGAAAUUUGAUUUUUCAAAAUGCUUAUGUCAACUUCUCUCUCUCACAAAUUAGGGCUGAAAAUUGUUGCUCGGCUUGUAUUGGUAAUUGUUUGUCGUCAUCUACGCCUUGUGUUUGCUCCAGCGACAGUGAGCAUCGUUUUGCAUAUACUUUAGAAGGCCUUGUCAAAGAGGAUUUCUUAGAAGAUUGUAUCUCUCUAACUCGGAAUCCUCAAAGACAAUUUCUUUUUUACUGUAGAGAUUGCCCACUGGAAAGAUCAAAAAAUGAUGAGAUGUUGGAACCAUGCAAGGGUCAUUUGAAGAGGAAAUAUAUUAAAGAAUGUUGGAGCAAAUGUGGCUGCCACAAACAGUGUGGAAAUAGAGUCGUGCAGCGAGGUAUAAUGUGCAAGUUGCAGGUUUUCUUUACUCCUGAAGGAAAGGGGUGGGGUCUCAGAACUCUAGAAUUGCUACCAAAAGGUACAUUUGUAUGUGAGUAUGUAGGGGAGAUCCUAACCAACAAGGAGUUCUACGAGAGGAAGAUGCAAAGGGCAACUAGCAACAAAACUGAAAAGCAUGCCUAUCCAGCUGUACUUGAUGCAGAUUGGUGCUUGAAAGGAGUUGUAAAUGAUGAAGAAGCUCUGUGCUUGGAUGCGACAUUUUAUGGAAAUGUUGCUAGGUUUAUCAACCACAGAUGUCUUGAUGCUAACAUGAUCGAGAUCCCGGUGAAGAUUGAGACCCCUGAUCAUCAUUAUUAUCAUCUUGCUUUCUUCACGACUAGAGAAGUGAAUGCUUCGGAAGAGUUAACCUGGGAUUAUGGCAUUGAUUUUGAUGAUACUGAUCAACCUGUGGAGUUAUUCCAUUGCCGAUGUGGCAGCAAGUUCUGCAGGAACAUGAAACGUUCAAGUAGUAAGCUUAUUCUAAAUCUUUAUGAGGAUCUAAUUCAGCAGCAAGAUGAUUGGGAGCGAUGACGAGACUGCUGAUAUUUUGUUAGAAUCCCAUCCAUGACAAGGGAAGAAAGCUUUCAAGUGGACUUGCUUAAUUUUUCUUGGUCCUACUGUAAUCUUGUCAAAGUCAUGUAAUUAUUUUGUUAAGCGAAGUGGUUUAUCAGCAGCGGCCUUAUAAAUCUGGUUUUGGUUGCACAGAUUGCAUGAUCUACCGUCUCUACCGUGGAUUAUGCAUCUAAAUCCUGGACAUUUUGCUGCAUUUUGGAGGAAGGGGGCCCUAUGUCAGGUGUUUCCUGUGGAUCUUUUUUUAGUUUUGCUGAAGUGUUUCUGUGGUGCAGGGGCAACAAAAACUGGGUCAUGUAUGUUGGUUGGUGUUUAUUCCUAUUAUUGUACAGGUUUAUGGCUGUCUUUGUAAUCUGCUUUAUCUGCUUUUGACUGCUUCCCGUCGAUGUUGGUCUGCACGGUUUGGCCACCGGCUGCUAUUUGGGUGGGCAGAAGAUGCCAUUCAGCGCAGCAUGGCUUGUUUUUGCACAAGCUGCUGCUAUUUGGCCUUGGCAUCUACUCUGCUAUUUGGGGUGAAUUAUAUUUUAGUUCCUUAGUUUAUCAAAA